AUGGUGAAAUGUCGCUUCAGUACCAUGUGCAUCAUCUGCACGGUUGUGUCCGUCCUGUCGGUGUCUAUCAUCAUCGGUCUGUGGACGUUCCAGUUUCUUUCAUUACCCAACCAGACAAGAUCUCAGACCGCUGGGUCGGACAGCUGCCAUCCAGAACAUCCACUUCCUGUUUCUUACAAUGUCACCUUACGGUUUCGUCUCAAAGCGAACGCUGAAGGUCUCUACAUCUUCACAGGAAACUCCAGCAUGGUGUUCGAGUCUGUGAAGGAGACGGAUCUCAUCCUGAUCCAUGUUGACAAGCUGAACCUGACCUCUGAGGCCACACUGAGCACGCUCACUGGGUCUUCUGCACCGUCCAUCACGUCCACCAGCAGAGACACGGGGAAAUCCCAGUGUCUCACUUUCCACCUGAGUGAGAAAUUAAAAGCAGGAGAACGGUACAAACUCCACACGGAGUUCGUAGGAGAACUCCCUGAAGAUCUGGCACGCUUUCACAUGCAUGAGCAUGAACAUGGAGCUAAGAAGAGGGUGGUCUCGGAGGUCUCGGAGGUCUCGGAGGCGAUCACACACACACACACUCCUGGGAUUUUCCUGUGCUGCAACAAGCAGAAAGCUGUUUUCCACAUCAGAGUCCUACAGGAGCGAGAAACCAUCACCAUCUCUAACACACAGCAGAUCAGUGUUUAACCUGAAUGUACACCAUUGUGUAGUGUAAUAAACACUCAACACUGUGAACCACACACAUCAGGAUCACACACACACACACACACACACACACACAGUCUCACUCACACACAUCAACACACAGUCUCACACACACACACAGUCUCACUCACACACACCAACACACAGUCUCACACACACA